AUGACAGGAAUGGUGACAGAACUGAACGAGCCUCUGUCCAACGAAGAGAGGAAUCUCUUGUCCGUCGCCUAUAAGAAUGUGGUGGGGGCACGGCGCUCUUCUUGGCGAGUCAUUAGCAGCAUUGAGCAGAAGACAUCCGCUGAUGGGAACGAGAAGAAGAUAGAAAUGGUACGGGCCUACCGUGAGAAAAUAGAGAAGGAGUUGGAAGCCGUGUGCCAGGAUGUGCUGAGCCUGCUGGACAACUACCUGAUCAAGAACUGCAGCGAGACGCAGUACGAGAGCAAAGUCUUCUACCUGAAGAUGAAAGGGGACUAUUACCGCUACCUGGCCGAAGUGGCCACUGGUGAGAAGAGGGCGACCGUGGUGGAGUCUUCGGAGAAAGCCUAUAGCGAAGCUCAUGAGAUCAGCAAGGAGCACAUGCAGCCGACCCACCCCAUCAGGCUCGGCCUGGCGCUUAACUACUCCGUUUUCUACUACGAGAUCCAGAAUGCUCCGGAGCAGGCCUGCCACCUGGCCAAGACGGCGUUCGACGACGCCAUCGCCGAGCUGGACACCCUCAACGAGGACUCCUACAAGGACUCAACGCUCAUCAUGCAGCUCCUUCGCGACAACCUAACGCUGUGGACGAGCGAUCAGCAAGACGACGACGGCGGAGAAGGCAACAAUUAGACCCCCCGAUGGACUGGCAGCCGCACGCUGAUGCUAACUACUGCAGUCUUUAUUUUUUUCCCACAAGUUGGGGGGGUCAGGGGUGGGGGAGGGAAAGGGAGGGGACACCUUCCCAGGGAGACCCCCACUACCUGUCUUUGAUUGCCUCGUUGACAUUUUUGCCAAAACACCACUAGUGGAAGUCAGGCUGGCUGUGCUGGUUAUGGAAUAGCAGCCUCACUGGCAUAUGGACUGUUCUGUAGAUUAUUAAUACAAGUGGAGCUGUCUUUAAUUUAACUUUAUUGCUAGAAAUAAAAGGGUUUUAAGAUGAAAUAACUCGAAUGGAAUGGCCCUCGUUUUUAAGGAAAGCAACACAAAAAGGAAGUUCUGUGGUUCCAGUAAGGCUUAUGUGCGUUUGUUUCUUCAGUUCAAGUGCCGUGUGUUUGUUACCACGUAGCAGGGUGUCUCUCCGGAGCGCCCUGCCUGUCAGGGCAUGGCUUAAAGUCCCCAUAUUGAAAAGGAAUAUUAGAAUAAACGAAAAGAAUUCGGGGCUUGCAAAGCCCCAGGAUUUAGGCCACUUAACCUUUUUGUUAAGAUAUUUAUUAGGGUAGCUUACAGUAUUAACACUAAAAUGCAGUUUACAGUAUUUCUACAUUACAGCCAUAUGACAUCAAGCCUUUGACUGUCUGUUUUCUUUUGCUAGUUCUUUUGGCUUGCUUUCCUAACAGUCCUCGCCUGUGGACUGGCUUAGCUACUCCGUGUCGCCCAAGGCAAGAAGACAACCCGCCCGAGGAACAUCAAAGCUGCUCUAGUUUUUUGGUCAACAGCUUAACAGGUGCUUGGCUAGCGGCUGUUUAAACUAUUUUAGUCCACAGCAAAAGAGUUAAGAACUUAAUUAGAAAAAAGGGGGAAGUGUUUAAACUAAAAUGCCACU